AUGUCCCACCUGUACCUUUACCUGUACCUGUAUCUGUACCACGACCCACCUGUACCCGUACCCAUACCAUGCCCCACCUUUACCUGUACCUUUACCUGUACCAUGCCCCACCUUUACCUGUACCUUUACCUGUACCUGUACCUGUACCUUUACCUGUACCUGUACCAUGCCCCACCUUUACCUGUACCUUUACCUGUACCUUUACCUGUACCUGUACCAUGCCCUACCUGUACUGCUCUACACCUUAACCACACUGAGGAGGAACACCAUGCUUCACUCAGUCUCUCACAAAUCACCACAGCGCCAUCUUCCAGCCCUUCCCUCCUCCUUCCUCACAGCGACUUCCGGAAAACUAUCCCUCCAUCUAUCCCUCCAUCUAACCCUCCAUCUAACCCUCCAACUAACCCUCCAUCUAACCCUCCAACUAACCCUCCAUCUAACCCUCCAUCUAACCCUCCAACUAACCCUCCAUCUAACACUCCAACUAACCCUCCAUCUAACCCUCCAUCUAACACUCCAACUAACCCUCCAUCUAACCCUCCAACUAACCCUCCAUCUAACCCUCCAACUAACCCUCCAUCUAACACUCCAACUAACCCUCCAUCUAACCCUCCAUCUAACACUCCAACUAACCCUCCAUCUAACCCUCCAUCUAACCCUCCAAUUAACCCUCCAUCUAACACUUCAUCUAACCCUCCAACUAACACUCCAACUAACCCUCCAUCUAACCCUCCAACUAACACUCCAACUAACCCUCCAUCUAACACUCCAACUAACCCUCCAUCUAACCCUCCAUCUAACCCUCCAAUUAACCCUCCAUCUAACACUUCAUCUAACCCUCCAACUAACACUCCAACUAACCCUCCAUCUAACCCUCCAACUAACACUCCAACUAACCCUCCAUCUAACACUCCAACUAACCCUCCAACUAACCCUCCAUCUAACCCUCCAUCUAGCCCUCCAACUAGCCCUCCAUCUAACCCUCCAACUAACACUCCAUCUAACCCUCCAACUAACACUCCAACUAACCCUCCAUCUAACACUCCAACUAACCCUCCAUCUAACCCUCCAACUAACACUCCAUCUAACCCUCCAACUAACACUCCAACUAACCCUCCAUCUAACACUCCAACUAACCCUCCAUCUAACCCUCCAACUAACACUCCAACUAACCCUCCAUCUAACCCUCCAACUAACACUCCAACUAACCCUCCAUCUAACACUCCAACUAACCCUCCAUCUAGCCCUCCAACUAACCCUCCAUCUAACACUCCAACUAACCCUCCAUCUAGCCCUCCAACUAACCCUCCAUCUAACCUUCCAUCUAACCCUCCAUCUAACCCUCCAUCUAACACUCCAUCUAACACUCCAACUAACCCUUCAUCUAACCCUCCAUCUAACCCUCCAACUGACCCUCCAUCUAACCCUCCAUCUAACCCUCCAUCUAACCCUCCAUCUAACCCUCCAACUAACCCUCCAUCUAACACUCCAACUAACCCUUCAUCUAACCCUCCAUCUAACCCUCCAACUGACCCUCCAUCUAACCCUCCAUCUAACCCUCCAUCUAACCCUCCAUCUAACCCUCCAACUAACCCUCCAUCUAACCCUCCAACUAACCCUCCAUCUAACCCUCCAACUAACCCUCCAACUAACCCUCCAUCUAACCCUCCAUCUAACCCUCCAUCUAGCCCUCCAACUGACCCUCCAUCUAACCCUUCAACUGACCCUCCAUCUGACCCUCCAUCUAACCCUCCAUCUAACACGCCAACUAACCCUCCAUCUAACCCUCCAUCUAGCCCUCCAUCUAACCCUCCAUCUAACACGCCAACUAACCCUCCAUCUAACCCUCCAACUAACCCUCCAUCUAACCCUCCAUCUAACCCUCCAACUAACCCUCCAUCUAACCUGCGUGUACACACUGCCACCUAA